AUGACACCUAAAUCUUCAUAUGGUGAUUUUUGUGUUAACGAAACGUCAAUGACGGCAAAGGAACCAAUUACUUUAGCCCAUAGCACAUGCCCACGGGAUACACAGAUUACUGUUCCUGUUCGUCAACUCAAACGUGUGCGUGAAAAGAUAGAAAUGUAUGGCACUGAAGGACGUUUUAUCGAUGCACGCAAUAUUUCAAAUUACAAGGCGUGGAAAGAGUGGCCUUUGGCGAAAGUUGACAAACUGUUCAAAAAAUAUAUUCCUACUUUUGAGAAGUUUGUGGCACACAGAUUGGACUUUUUGUUUCUCUCAAUGGCACUAAAGAGAAGAAUCACAAGAAAUGAGCAGGUUUUUAAGCUUCUGCAAGGGAGGAUGACAGGUGCUCAACAAACUGCAGCUAGAUGUAAGAGUGCAUUUAUUCACUUCAAGAACAAGCAAACGGGAGAAACGCAAUAUAUUGCCUAUCUUAAUGCAUCUCGGGAUAUGAACUGGAGCACAGCAAGAUACCAUGGAGUUAAAGGCUGGACUUACAAUGUCUAUAGAGGAUAUACUACAAAGUUUUAUUUAAGAGCGCAAUAUAAGGUGGCGAUGUUCACGGGCAUUCUUUGUCCACCUUGCUCUGUGCGUAACUCACAUUGCCAUGGGUGUGGAGCUGUGGAUACAUUUCAUUACAUAGAAGAAGGAAAGGAAGAAUUUGAUAUCUUUCAACCUCUUACAGAUGUACAGAAGUACAGAGUGCAGGAAACACUGAAAGUUGAAGCACUUAUUAAUGGAAGAAAACAUGAUGUCACUAAGAAACUAUAUGAUCCAUCUCCCAACAAUGUUCCAAGUAAAGUUAGAGAACAAGUUGUUCCAAGUAAAGUUAGAGAACAAGAAUAUAUGAAUGGCUGUAAGACAAUGAGGCAGCUGGAUGAUGCAUUGCUCUCCACCCUUAAAGACACAAGCAGUCUCCGAGACAAGGCACGUUUCAACACAGAGUCAUCAGUUCAUGCUGCAGCAUGGUUACAGGUUGUUUCCAUCGUUAAAAACAUCACGCAGCCAUCGUCUGUUGUUAAAUCUGCCAUUUCUGCUGGAGCAGCUGCAAUGGCUGGUGAAGAAGAGAAAGACCAUCGACACGUCAGCGAAGUUAUUGCGGCAGGAGGCUACUUCUACACAAUAGUAGUGUAG